CGACGACGACAUUCAUUCUCUUGAACCAGCGCAACAAGCGGUACUUUGUCCAAGAUGUCGACCAUUCUCCGUACAUUGCGGAACUUGAGCAGGAUUGGCCUUAAGGAAUAUGGCCAUCAGAUGCAGUACAUGGGUGACACCAAAGCCGGUACCUUGGUCGGCGUUGAUCGAUUCGGAAACAAAUAUUUUGAAAACAUGGAGGAGGAGCUUCCUCUCCGUACCCGUUGGGUUGAUUACAAGGAGAAGGAAUAUGACCCCUCCCAGCUCGAGACCGGCUGGCACGCCUGGAUCUCUUACAUGGUCGAUACCCCUCCCACUGGCGACAAGAUUUUGCAGACUGGUGUUCGCGCCUGGGAGCUGCAGGAACACAGGCCUAACCUGACCCUGAGCCGUUCCGCUUUCAAGACCUAUUCAACCGUUCGGCCCAAAUACUCAGCAUGGACCCCCGUUGCUGCUCCUCGGUAAUCUAGCCAAGGUUGUUCUUCCGAGUUAGGUUCUAUUAGACCGAUGGUUACCGGAGUAUUUGUGGGCAAUGUGUAAAUAAAGAUAUUCCUAUUACAGUUUCAAUUCCUCAUGGUCAUAUUUACAAACAAAUCUGUGCUUUUCACCGCCUAUAUAUAUUUAUAUAUAUAUAUAUAUA